UAUUAGCGUGCGUUUAUAUUGUCAGUCCUUGUAUUCACCAUCGCCAAAAUUUCCUUCUUCGACAACACAACAAUAUUCAUAUUCUUCUUUAGCUUCUAUUAAUGGAUUCCAAUGGCGUCGAAGCAGCUCGUAUUCGCCAGGAAAUCGAUCACUUGAAGUCCGAAAAGAGAAACAUAGAGCAACAAAUUUCUGCUCUCGAAGCGCAGCUUAAUCAACUUGAAGUCAAUUCAAGUACAGUGUGUCCUCAGCCGCUUUCAAAUGGAGAUUUGAGCAAUUCAAAUGGUUUAUCUCCCGAUAUGAUUUACAGAUACAGUCGGCACUUAUUGCUUCCUUCAUUUGGCGUUCAAGGUCAGGCGAAUCUAUUGAAAUCUUCAGUUUUGGUUAUUGGAGCUGGAGGUUUAGGAUCACCUGCUUUACUAUAUCUUGCUGCCUGUGGAGUUGGUCGAAUAGGUAUAGUUGAUCAUGAUGUAGUGGAACUUAACAAUCUUCAGAGGCAGAUAAUACACACUGAAGCAUUUAUUGGAAAGUCAAAAGUAGAGUCAGCUGCUGCUACUUGUCGCUCGAUCAACUCUUCCACUCAGAUUGUGGAGCAUAGAGAAGCCUUCCGCACGUCCAAUGCUUUGGAAAUUGUGAGCAAAUAUGAUGUGGUAGUUGAUGCAACAGACAAUGCUCCAAGCCGCUACAUGAUCAAUGAUUGCUGUGUUGUGCUUGGGAAGCCUCUUGUAUCUGGAGCUGCUCUAGGACUAGAAGGGCAGCUGACGGUUUACAAUUACAAUGGAGGUCCAUGCUAUCGAUGCCUAUUUCCAACUCCUCCACCCACAAAUGCUUGUCAGAGAUGUGCUGAUAGUGGUGUACUUGGAGUUGUUCCAGGUGUUAUUGGAUGUCUUCAAGCCUUAGAGGCCAUAAAGGUUGCUAGCUUGGUUGGAGAACCACUCUCCGGAAGAAUGCUUCUUUUGGAUGCGCUGUCAGGCCGGUUCCGUAAUGUCAAACUACGUGGAAGGUCAUUGCAGUGCGAAGCUUGUGGAGAUGAUGCAGUACUGACAAGGCAGACAUUUUCGGAGUUUGAUUAUGAAAAGUUUACUCAAACUCCAUUAUCCACGGUUCCAUUGAAGUUGAACUUUCUUUCAGCAGAUGAUCGAAUUAGCACCAAAGAGUACAAUGAGAAAGUGAGGAAAGGAGACGCACAUAUAUUAGUGGAUGUUCGACCAAGUCAUCACUAUAAGAUUGUUUCACUUCCCAACUCUAUGAACAUACCUCUAUCGACUUUGGAAGGUAGAUUGCCUGAAAUAUCUGCUGCCUUGGAAAAAGAGGUAAAUAAAGAGAAUGGUUCAAAUGCUUCUCUGUUUGUAAUAUGCAGAAGAGGCAAUGAUUCACAAGUUGCUGUUGAAUUGCUUCACAAAUUGGGUUUUACUUCAGCAAAGGAUAUAAUAGGGGGCUUAGAGUCAUGGACUCACAACGUGGAUCCAAAGUUCCCUACCUACUAACUACAUACCUAUAAAAUUGUCAUUUAUUCUUCUCUUAAAUUUUUUUCCCCUUUAAUCAAAAACUUAAUUUAUAUUUCUGAUUGAACUCUUAUUAUAGAGAUUUUAUUUAGUGUUAAACUCAAUGAUUGGUUCUCCUACUAUUA